AUGCCUCCCCCAUUCUCCACCCGUGGCGAACGCAUCGAUGCCAUUGCCGAGGAUCCAGUCAUCCAUUCCAAGUUCGAGACUGGUCUGAUCUCUGGCUCCUCAUGGCUACAUCUGCGCCUCAUUCGUACGUCGCGCACCACAACCCGCUCGCCUCGAUAG